AUGAACAUUAUUUCCCUUUUAGGACCAGCACCAUUGAGGUUACUGCAUAAGACAUCUUCACAUUCAUCAGUGGAAGGCAUUUUACAGAUUUAUUACAAUGGUGUCUGGGGAACAAUAUGCGAUGACGGAUGGUCAUUGGCUAGUGCAACUAUAGCAUGUAAAGAGCUUGGCUAUCAGUUUGCAGUUAUGUCCAAGCACUUAGGACAAGGACCUGAUCCAAUUUGGCUUGAUAAUGUUAAAUGUAACGGCGAUGAACCGUCACUAGACCAAUGCCWUCACAGAGGAUGGGGUAAUCAUUACUGCAGUCACUUUGAAGAUGUCGGCAUCGUGUGUAAUACUAAAACAGCGCCAUUGAGAUUGUUAAACAAAACAAAACCUGCUUCAUCAUUAGUUCAAGGUAUUUUACAGAUUUAUUACAAUACUUCAUGGGGUACAAUAUGCGAUGGCGGAUGGUCCUGGACUGCUACAAACAUAGCUUGUAAACAGCUUGGCUACCAUAGUGCAGCGACAUUCAAGUACUUGGGAAAGGGACCUGAUCCAAUUUGGCUGGAUGGAUUGAAAUGCAGUGGCAAUGAAUCGUUACUAGAUCAGUGCCAGCACCGAGGAUGGGGUAUCCAUAACUGCACUCACAGACAGGACGUUGGCAUCAUGUGUAAUACAAGACCAGCGCCAUUGAGGUUACUGGGUAGGGCAUCUUCGCAGUCRUCAGUGCAGGGUAUUUUGCAGAUUUACUACAAUGGUGUGUGGGGAACAAUAUGCAAUAACACAUGGUCCAGGGCUAACACAGAYAUAGCAUGUAAACAGCUUGGUUACCAGUUUGCAGUGAUGUCCAAGCACUUAGGACAAGGAACUGGUCCAAUUUGGCUUGAUUAUGUUAAAUGUAACGGCGAUGWGCCUUCAAUAGACAAGUGCCCUCACAAGGGAUGGGGUCCUCAUGACUGCGACCACAUGCAAGAUGUCGGAAUUGUGUGUAGUACAAAUGAUUACAAUGUCUCUUCGUGUUUAACUGGCCAGUUUACAUGCUCUGAAGGAUCAUGUAUUAAUACGUUUGACCUUUGCAAUGGAAAACCAAAAUGCAAGAACGCUGAAGAUGAAAGUCGGUGUGGUGCCUACUACAUUGUAGACUUUGGUAUCGACAGGUCUACUACCAGCAAAUUAUCUUUGCAAUGGUUCAAAACAAAACCGUAUUGCAUGCAAUUUUGGUACAUUGUUCCUGACAAAUCUAACUCAUCAAUAAAAAUCUGCGCUGAAAAAAACAAUUCAACCAGCUGUCUUUGGAGUACUGUCGGUAGUAAUACUGGCGAAUGGACAUAUGGACAGGUUGAAAUACCCUCAAAUUUGAAUGGGACGCUACAGAUCGUUGGUAACGCCAAGAAAGAUUUCUUGGGAAUUGAUGAUCUAAACUUCGUUGAAAGUCAAUGUUCACAAGUUAUUAUACAAUCCAAUCCCUCGUGCUAUUUUGAUGGUGGUCAUUCCUGUCAAAUGAAAUUCCCUAAGUCAUGGGUGUUCGCACUGCACAAAGAUCAACAAGACGAGAACAACUUUUAUUUGAAUUUUUGGUAUUCAAACGAUGUGUCUAGCAAAAUAACAAGUCCGAUUUUAAACCCGAAAUCAGAUGGACGGAUAUGCUUACGAUUCUGGAUGAAUAACGGAAAAGAAACGAAGCUGAAAAUCUUUUAUAAAACUCUUCAUUCUUCUAAAUCCGUUUUUCAUUAUACAUCAGUUACACAGGGAUGGUUUUACUUUCAAUUACCAAUACCAGGAGACGAAAACAGCUUACAGGUGGUAAUGAAAUGGGAAAGUAAAUCGUUUGCUAAGAUAGAUGACAUUACAUUUUCGAAAUACCAAUGUCAAAAUAUUCCGACCGGUGACAAAUCAAGCAGAGAGUGCCUUGACUAUACCAAUUUGGAUGCACUUGAUCGUAGAAAGGACCAACAACCUGUAACUACAUUGCCAGAUGACAGAACACUGUCAAAAACUUCAUGGUAUCGCAUAUCAGGGCUUGCGGGUAAUCAAGUUUCUAUGGCAUGCCAUAAGGUCCAUCGUUACUUUAGAUCGCGCACUGAUUUUGCCUGGAUCGAAGGAAUAUUGCCCACAGUAGCAGAUGGACAAGUCUACAGAGAAUUAUGCAUUCACGCGUCUAACAAACAGGAAAGUCUUUGCUGUUACGAAAGAAGAGGAGUCGUUACAAGAAAUUGCGCUGCAGCGUUUCAUGUUUCGUUCACUUCAUCUGAAGCAAUUCAUCUGAAAGUAACUGGUCUUAACGUGUGGGACAAGUUUCUCGACGAGCACAGAAUUCUGUACAUGUCUUACAAUUGCAUGAACUACAGAGGAAACAUGGUUUUCUGGGAAGAUUAUGCUAGAAAUGCGUCCCUUGUUAUCAGCUCAAAUACUCCAGUAAUUUACUAUAACAGAACAUCUUGCAUUGGCAAAAAAGUGUAUCAUUAA